UCAUUUUAGUAAAAAAAAGAUUGAAUAGGCAAGAAGUGCAGAAAUAUCGAAAAGUUUUGUGAUUUGUAUUAUUGUAGUGAUUUAUGUUUUUAAAGAAAAUAAAGUAAAUAAAUAUUAUUAAAAGCUCAUAUUACUCAAGUAAAUUGUGCAAGGAAAUCAACAAAAAUGGCAUCAUUUUUUAACAAUCCAUUCUCAACCCCAAUUGGACAACGAAUAGAACAAGCUACUGAUAGCUCGUUGGCUUCGGAAAAUUGGGCUUUGAAUAUGGAAAUAUGCGAUAUGAUUAAUGAAUCUUCGGAUACGGCACGUGACGCCAUGAAAGCUAUACGCAAACGACUCUCACAAAAUGCCGGCAAAGAUAAUCAAGUUAUUAUGUAUACUCUAACCGUACUGGAGACAUGCGUUAAAAAUUGUGGCAAAGCUUUUCAUGUAUUAGUUGCUCAAAAGGAUUUCAUACAAGAGCUGGUAAAAUUAAUUGGACCUAAAAAUGAUCCACCUGCUGUGAUGCAAGAGAAAGUACUGAGUUUAAUACAAAUUUGGGCCGAUGCAUUUAAGAAUCAACCUGAUUUGAAUGGUGUGACCCAAAUGUAUAUUGAAUUGAAAAAUAAGGGUAUCGAGUUCCCACAGACAGAUAUAGAGCAUUUGGCACCAAUUUACACACCUCAACGAAGUGUACCUGAGCCACCGCCACAGGUUGUCCAACAAACGAUUUCGCCACAACAUGCAAUACCGAUGCCGCCACAUAGCAAUGGUCCCACCGUUUUGAGUGCAGAACAAACUACGAAAUUACAAUCGGAGCUGGAAGUUGUCGCCCACAAUAUGUCUGUUUUAGGUGAAAUGCUCACCGAACUCAAGCCAGGUCAGGAAGAUCCAGAUGAUUAUGCAUUGUUGAAUGAAUUAACAGCCACAUGCAAAGAAAUGCAAGCACGAAUUGUCGAUCUAAUUGGGCGCAUAAAUGAUGAUGAACUAACAGCUGAAUUACUACGCUUAAACGAUGAGCUAAAUAAUUUAUUCUUACGUCAUCAGCGAUAUGAGAAAAAUCGAACAAGUAGUAGUGCAACAUCGCCUUCGGCUAUAUUGGGUGCCGCGAUUGGUGUACCACCACCCACAACUGGUGCCCCACAAGCGGCAGCAAUUUCAAAUGAUCCACGAUUAAUAGAUUUGGAUGCCAGAACUGAAAAACUAACAAAUUCAUUCAGUUUCAUGAGUACGAGCGCAAGUAAACCGCAAAACAAAGACAUUGACGAAUUCGAUAUGUUGGCGCAAUCAAGAACCGAUACCAAUAACAAAAGCGAUUUAUUAAAAGACAUUCCCACUGUUGAUGCAGCAGCUGGCAGUAUCAACUUACCCUUCAAACGAACUAAGGAAACGGCUGAACCGAAACUGAAACCGGCCAGAGAUAACGAAGUUGAUGAAAUGGAGGCGUGGUUAGGCAGCUCUAAAGAAGGCGCUGAAGGAUUUGAGGAAACUCUUACUAGCACCGAGUUUGACAAAUUCUUGGAAGAACGUGCAGCGGCCGCAGAAAAUCUUCCCACUAUAAAUGCAGCCAAUACGAGUAGUAGUACGGCAAACGCCGGCAACGCCGGUGCAGAUAAUCAGAAAAAAUCGGUUAAAAAAUCUGAUGAAGAUGAUUUACUUCUUCUAUGAGGAUGCAGCUUCAGGAAACGCACAUAAAACAUAACCAUUUUUUAAAUGUCUACAGCUAGUAUUUGCAAAUACGAAAUUGUAUUUAUUAUAUCAUUUAAAUGGGCGUCGAGACCGGAAAUGUGUAUAUUUUCCAAUUAUUUUUAAACAAAACUAUGUUAUUUACUGUAUAAGUGAAUUGUAAUGCAGCUAAACAAAAUAUCAUCAUACAUCUUGCACAUGCACAUAUACAUACAUAUAUGUAAUAUAUGUAAGUAAAUGCGUUGAGGCUGCGUAUUCCACUCUAACCCACUAUAUACAUAAAUACAUACUUAGAUACGUGUAACGAAAGGUAUGAAUUCAACUUCUUGCAUACAUAAUCCAUUCAUUCGCGCUUUCAGCCUGUUUUUUGUUUUUUUGUUUUUUGUUUUUAAUAUUUACUUGAUACUUGUAAACCCACACAGGCAUAUGCAGACUUAUUGACCAAAGCUCAAAGUUGAAUUUGCUUAACUUUAUUACGUGCAUAUAUUCAUUUGCUUAAUUGUAUUGUGUUGAAAGUUCUACAAAUCGAUAAAGACUAAUUGUAUUAUGUAUUUCCUUAUUUAUGUACGUGCAUGCCGCGCAGUCUUUGAUUGUUAACAUUUUUUAGUUACUUUUUUUUUGUAUAAUUUAAGAUUUGUUAUAAAAUGCAGUUAAUACUGUAAUUAAAAACCACAAUAUUUUUGCUUUGAUGUACAUAUACAUACACAUACUUAUAAAAAAUUGCAUUCAUAUAUGUAAGAGUAUGCACAUAAUAAUUGGCUAAAGGUGAUUUCAAAAAUGCACUAUACUGUUUUUCAGUACGCAAAAAAAUAAAAUAUAUCAAUGUAAAAUUGCAUAAACGCAAUUCAAAUAUAAAAUUAUGUAUUCACUUUAACUUAAUUAUAAAUUUUAUUUACAAACAUUUUAUGAAAAAAUAAAACUAUAAUGUUUAAACGUAUUAAAUACUACAACUAAA